AUGUUUCAUUUGGCUAGGGGCCUGUAUGCGAAUUUGAAUCGCAAGGAACAGUACUCAAUACUAAUCCUGGGUCUUGAUAAUGCCGGUAAGACCACCUUCUUGGAAAUGCUAAAGAAAGAGUACUCCAAGAACUCGAAAGAUCCUAAUAAAAUAACACCCACAGUGGGUCAAAAUGUAGCGACGAUUCCGAUAGACUCUAGCAUAUUAAAGUUUUGGGAUGUGGGAGGGCAGGAAUCCUUGAGGGCUUUAUGGUCCGAAUACUACACUCAAGCACACGGGAUCAUUUUUGUCAUUGACAGUGCAGAUCGAGAACGACUGGAAGAGUGUUGUCAAGCAUUGAGAACCGUUGUAAUGAGUGAGGAAGUUGAGGGUAUUCCUAUACUUAUGCUGGCAAAUAAACAAGACAGAGAAGAUCGCAUGGAAGUGCAAGAUAUAAAAGAGGUUUUUAAUAAGUUAGCUGAGCAUUUGGGGGCUCGCGAUAGCCGUGUUCUCCCGAUAAGUGCGUUAACACAAGAAGGCGUGAAAGAGGCCGCAGAGUGGAUUUUGGUGCGGCUGAAACGCAACAAGGCCAACAAACCACCGGAUUACAGAUGA